UGAACUGCUGUGCUCUUCCAGCACCACUAAUUCAGAAUCUGGUUUCCAGCAUCUGCAGUCAUUGUUUUUACUCAAUCACAAAGAGACCAGUUCUUCUUCAACCUCUGACGCAGAAACCAGUGAUCCCUAAGGUAGUGUAACAGCAAGAUUUUCUCCUGCACUCUCCACCAACUCAGAGACUUUCAACUCAUAGGUUCACUUCCUGGAUUAAAUGGAAGAGCACAUUCCAGUGUAUGUAUGAUUGACAUAUCUCCACAGCUGCUUCGAAGACGAAAUGUUCUGGGUCACUGGCACACAAAGAACUGCCAGAGCCUGGGCAUCUACUCAUUCCCAGGCAGAAGAUGACCCAACGGUGUCAGCCAUUAAUGACUUUGUUCGAAUCCACAGUUGGUCCCAGGAGUAGCAAGUAGGCUUGUCAGAGACACUAGGCAGACUGGAAUGAAGAUUGGAGGCAUCCACUAACUUUAUCAGUAUUGUGCUGGUUAUGGCGUGUGUCUGUCUGUCUCCAUAUGAUCAUCGAGAUCCAGGUCCAGCUAAAUGCUCAGGGGCUGUUGAAAAUGCACGCAGACCUGCAUACCAUUAUUCUAGCCAUCAGUGCUCAGCAAGGCAAGUUUGGGAUGAAGGACCUUGCCCUCACUCUAGGUUUCCCUUUCUGUCAAACAGAUAUAGUGGUGCUAACAGGCACCCAGAGCAUGAAUCGCACAAACAUACAGAGGCCCCCUCAGAAGGUCUCCUCCCAAGGUCACCCAGGGGUGCCUGACCCGUCCACCUCCACCCUGCCUAUGACCCCAAAUCUGUGGAAGUUGCAACCAAGAAGGGUGAGCCUACAUGUGAGCAGAACACUGUUAGUAUGUUUGGACCUCCAACCACAUACGGCCCAAAUCUUCUGGCCAACAGACUUCAGCACAGAGCAUGCUCAUUCGACCACAUGUGCAGACACUGAAAUCGAGACAAAGUGUGACAGCAUGAAAAUAAGACACUCUGAAGGUGACACUUCAUUGUCCAGAUCUCACCUCCUUGACCUUCCCAAACUCUUCUGCUCAGCAUUUUGCCAAUGGAGGGAGUCUCUGAUUCAGUUGAAGUGGUGGAAGGUUUUUUGGGAGCAUCUCAAUGGAGUGAAAAAUGAAUUGGCGAAGGUGAAACUGAGGAAGUCACAACUUUGCUUGCAAGUACAGAGAAAACUUUUGUUUCACUUGACCCCAGUGAGCAAAGGCAGAUUUACCAUGUCACACAUUUUCAGUCUUCAGAUUUGAAGUAGGCUAGCAGGAAAACCUCCCGUAAUUUGCCUGGUGAGGCCAAAUAUAAAUUGCAGCAGGGCCUUAAUUACAUAAGCACUAACUGCCGACUUGGAACCAGGCAGGUCGGGUCAAAACGAAACCCUAACAUUGCAGCCAGAUGAGAACUCAAGAGAAGUUUUUGUUCAUUUUCAAUUUUGGGGAAAGGUAGUUUCAAUGCAGCAACUGAAACUGUUAAAUUAAAAAAAAACUUUGCAUCAUUUCAAUAUUCCACAGUAUAAUAUUGGCAUGUUUUUUGUGUUCAUUUUCUUGUUCAAUUGUUUUAACGUUUUAGCUACAGAAUGUUGUACUGAGCCAUUUUCUGCCUAAUUGUAGCUGCUUCUUAAAAGAGGAUGUUCAAGAAUGAAUGAAAAAAUGUACAUCAAUUAACAAAGUUACAGAAAUUUAAUAUAAUAAAAUAAAUAUUUCAUUUAAUGUAUUUUCCAGAUAACCAUAAAAAAAGAGUAGUUUUAAUUCAAAUUAUUUUCAACUAAUGUACAAUG